AUGGACUUUGCUGACGUUAUCUUCGCUCUGUUCAUCAUCGUGGUCGCGGUGGUCUCGCUGUUGUCCAACUUGUUGGUGCUGCUAUGCUUCGUCCACAGCACCGAGAUCCGCCGACAGGUGCCGGGGGUCUUCACCAUGAACCUGUCCUUCUGCAACAUCCUCAUCACUGUGCUCAACAUGCCGGCCACCCUGGUGGGGGUCAUCCGGGACCAGCAGCCUUUCGGGGAUUUCAUUUGCCACACGGUGAGCUUCCUGGAGACUUUCCUCACCGCCAACACCAUGUUGAGCAUGGCGGCGCUCAGCAUAGACCGGUGGAUCGCGGUGGUGUUCCCGCUCAGCUACUCCGCCAAGAUGCGCUACAAGGACGCGCUGAUCAUGGUGUGCUACUCCUGGCUGCACUCCUUCACCUUCUCCCUCACGGCCCUGCUCUUCUCCUGGGUGGACUACAGCUCAGUGUACGCGUCCUGCACCUUACAGCCCACAGUGGAAGGGGGAGACAGGAUUAAGUUUACUAUCUUCACAGUGGUUUUCCACGCCACCAGCUUCAUGCUCUCCCUGCUCAUAUUGUGUUUCACAUACUUGAAAGUGCUGAAAGUGGCGAGGUUUCACUGCAAAAGGAUUGACAUUAUCACCAUGCAGACUCUGUUCCUCCUGGUCGACAUUCACCCAAGCGUGAAACAAAGAUGUUUAGCAGAGCAAAAGAGGAGAAAGCAGAGAGCCACAAAGAAGAUCAGCAUCUUCAUCGGCUCUUUCAUCAUCUGCUUUGCCCCCUAUGUUAUCACAAGGUUGGUCGAGCUUCUCCCCUUCGUGGACAUCAACCGCCGCUGGGGAAUCAUCAGUAAGUGCCUGACAUACAGCAAGGCUGCGUCGGACCCCUUUGCCUACUCCCUCCUACGUCAGCAGUACAAGAAAGUCCUGGUUACUGUCGUCAACAGGCUGCUCCGUCGUGACCUGUACCCCUCGUCUGGCCACAACAGCUCUUUAGACACGGAGAACGACUAUUGCCUCCAGAGAAUCAGCUAAUGGCAAAUGCGUGGCGGGAAAUGGCAGAUACACAUGACGGGCCAAAAAUAUACGUUGCCUCAUGGAAGAAGGUGGGCGGAGGAGAAGAAUGAGAAGAGACACAGGAUAUUGUAAGGGAGGAAAAAUCGAGCUGAUAGAGGGGACAUAAUGUGGGUUGGGGUGAAGAGAGAGCAUAAGUAAGGAAGGCAGUGGGUGGAGGAGAAUGACAAGACAGCACUGAGAGGGAGGAUGAAGGGGCGAAAGAGGAGAUGGAUAGGGAGCGACGAGGACGAAAUGUUGUCCUUAGACAGAAUUGGCAAACAAGACAUCUGUGAUUCAUCGGCGGAAACACACAAAACCACACAAAGAUGCACACAUAGAUCAUACAAAUCAAUUUCUUCAGAGGAGUCGUGGGUUCAGAUGAAUCUCAAACUGAAGGACAAAGCAGCCGACACGGUCCCUUCUUCUCUUUG